AUAUAGCAACACUAAUGACAGACAGCUUUCCGUCAGCGUAGUAUUUUCUACAAAAUAUCUAAAAUAAAGAGUUAUUAUUGUAUUUGGAAAGUUUAUACUUUGUGUAUUUUUAUAGACAAUCUAUAUAUAAAAUGUUUAGUUACUGUGCGAACUGUUAACGUGUGAAUAGAAAUAAAUGUGAAUGUUCGGACUCCAUUCUACAAUGAAAGAUGUCGUACUAUUGGUAUGUGUACAGCCGAACAAAACGAAAGUGACUAGUUGACCGUGUGUUAAACGGUGAUUACUGAAACACUCGACUGGAAUAAAAAUGGCGCAGACCAUCAGACGAGCGAUCGAGGGUAGAUACCCGUCCUGUUACAUACCUAGUAGGAUAAAGGAGAGGAGAGCAAAAGCCAGGGCAUUGAGGUUAGAACAGCAGAGGAAACCAGAUAAGCCUGAGGACUUUGUGUGUUAUUCAGACAGUGACAGUGAGGAAGAGACUCCGGCACAACAACACAAAAUAUUGUCCACUUCAUAUAACUUUGUGGACUAUGUACGAUCUCGGGAGAUACAGUCCAAUGAGCCCCGCUCAGUGGAGCCGUCGUACGCGACGCGACACAUGCUCACCCACGACAUGUUCCGGGAGACGCCCAUCAACCUCGGGAACAUGAACAAGGUGUUCUGCUCGCAGUGGCUCUCUGACAGACAAGUUGUGUUCGGCACCAAGUGUAAUAAGCUAAUGGUGUACGACGUCCGCCGCCGUUCCCUGGACAAUAUCCCGACGUUACGGCCGCGCGCGCCCUGGGCCGGCGCCGACCAACAGACCGGCAUACACGCCCUACAGAUUAAUCCAUCCAGAACGUUACUAGCGACGGGCGCCCGCAACUCCUGUGAGCUAGCGAUAUACAGUCUGCCCACACUGGACCCCGUCUGUGUGGGCGAGGCGCAUAAAGACUGGAUCCUGGACAUGUGUUGGCUGGACGACGAGUUCCUGGUGACGGGGUCCCGCGACUCGAAGCUGGCCCUGUGGCGCGCGCCCAGCGCCGCGCCCCGCCACCACUCGCACCACUACGUCGCGCCGCUCGCCAUCAAGGAGUGUCGCUCCGGUCAAAAAGUCCGCGCGCUAACGUUCAACCAGCGUUGGCGCGAGAUAGCGGCGCUCACCCUCAACGGGUACAUACACGUCUUCAACGCGGAGACGUUCCGACAGACUCUGUCCAGGAAACUGCCAUCCUGUCAGGACCUCGUGUGUCUGGCUACACAGGAGAGCGGCGUAUACGCGAUAGGCUGCAAGUCGUACACGCUCCUGCUGGACUGUCGCACGCUGCAGUCUGUGAAGAAGAUCACGUCCAGGUACAACGGCUGCGGAAUUCGGUCCGCAUCGUUCCGGGGGGACAUGCUCACCAUUGGCACCGGAUUAGGUUUACUAAUGUUCUACGACCUGCGCGCGGGCAAAUACUUAGAGAGUAAUAUACAUUCUACCAAAACUGUCACGCUCAAGGCUUCCAGGGGAUACGUGUUCCCAGACGAGGAAGCAGACGGCUUCAGCCAAGUGAAGCAUGUCCCAGCAAUAUACACACAUUGCUACGACGACAGUGGGACCCGGAUCUUCACGGCGGGGGGCCCGCUGCCCGCGCCGCUCAUCGGGAACUACGCGGGACUCUGGCAAUAACAUCCACUACCUACAUUGCCCACAGUGGACACACAUCUUGUCCACUGCUGGACAAAAUUUCUGGGAAUGGCGAUGUUAUCUACACCCUCUGUUGUCUCUAUUCCACUGUUGGACAAAAGUAUUUACAAUUACAAAUGAGUCCUACGACCCAUUUUAAAAAUAAAAGAAAUAUGACAUUCGCUUUUAUUCAAAUAUAAUGGUUAUAAUAUUUUUUAUAAUUAUUUUAUUUAAUGUAAAUUGUCUAUAUUAAUACUUAAAUUAAUGUUAAUUCAUUCUCAUUGGUUUGUGUUAAGUCGGUGAAUGAAACAAGGAUGUAAAUUGUAUGUUAAAAUGUCUUUAGGAGUCGCUCGAAAUAAUUGUGAAGCGUAUUAAAAAUUCGAUCUUGCAGAAAUAUGGUUGUCCCAGAAUAGUCAGACAAUUUGCUAUUUAAAAGCACUCGAUUUUAAAAUGAAUUCGUUAUUUAGCAUUUAUGAAAGUAGAAAAUUAUAGUUAAAAUAUUUGUGAACAUGUUUAUUGUGUUACUUAGUUUUUGUACAACAUAAAAUUCGAGUCUCGAAUGGAGAAUUUAUUACAAUCAUGGUACCAAUCGCAAUAUAUCAUUAUUUUAAGAAAACUUCACCUCCAUAGGUUACUUUGGGACUUUUCUACUUUCAUAAACACUAAAAAUAUUUUUCAUCAUUAUGAUCGAAACAAAUGUGUGAGUAAGACAGCAAUACCUCAAAACCAACGAGUGCGAGAGAGACAGCCUAUUACCCAUACUUUAACUUUGGUCGGCUAGAUACUAGAUAAAUAAAUAUAGAACAUAAUAUUUAUAAUAAAAAUGGUUUCUAAUUAGAAGUGUACGGAAUUGUGUAUUGAUAUAGCAAUAAUGAAGAAAUUAAAGAGUGCAAAAUUAUUUAGAUUGUAUCCAGAGUGGUUUUGUGUGCAAUACAAAUGUUCAAUGGAUACCACAAGAGUAUUUUGUGAAGACAGAUUAUUUUUAACUGAAAUGUUAAUGCGCUACACACCACCCUUAUUAAAAUGAGGGCUACUGUUGUUUUGCUCACCAGAUAGCACUAAAGUAGCUUUAGAUCAAUAUAUGAGUUUGCUUUACGUUGAACGUAAACAAAACGACAGUGCGAUCGGCACUCUAAUUGGUCGGUGGAAUGAACCAACCAAUCACAGAUCUGAACUCGCUGUCGUUAAACGUAACGUACUAAGCACCAUCUUCGUCCAAUCACUAUAGCUGUUAAAAAUAAAAUGUCCAAUGAUUAGACAACUAACGAAUUCUAGGUCUUUAUUACAUUAGUGCCUUUUGGUAAGCAAAAAAAAACGAGAGCCCUCAUUGUCAAAUGUCUUUAAUAAAUUUUCAACUUUAUGGUCCAGUAAUAAGGUUGAAGAUUUGACAGCUUAUGUAGCGUAUUUAAAGUUGAUUCAGUAAAAAUAUCUGAACUUUACAAUUUACUCUGUGUGAUAAAAAAAACAUCGAUUUUAAUCUCGAUUUACCGCGGCUGUUCCGUCAAUUAUUUUUCAUUUGCUAUUAAUGAAAACUUUGGGAUAGAAAAUGUAAAUAUCAAAAUAUGCUUUUAAAUAAAUCUGAAGACAUCUUUUGCCGCGGUUACUUUUGUGGAAAGAAAACAAACAAAAAAAUGUUAUAAUUUUUCUUUUGGCGUAAAUUUUAAGUUACAAUGCUACCGAUACUUUUUAUAGGAAGAAAAUACAAACAAGCUAGUUAUUCUACUAUAUGGGUUAGAAAAUAUAGAUUCAUUCCAUGCAAGACGUACUAUUGUUAUACCAAAUUUACCUUUUGUAUCAUAGCGCGGUUGAGUAGCCGACAAAUCUGUUUGCGGUCAAAUGCUAAUAUCAGACCUGCUGGUGCGAAUUAAAUAAUUAUUUUGUGUUGGAUAGUCCAUAUACCAACGAAGGCUAUGCGCUAUAAAACACCAAUGGUUUCUAUCUCUGUACUGAAUCAAUCUUUAUUUUCUUACCUGCAUACUAAAUAACUUGGUUAACAACUUUCCUAUAAAAAAUAUCGGUUCGGAGAUCGGUUUUGGAUCGAAAACUGUUUUGGUAAUGCCUUGAUAUCUUGAUACCGACACUUUCACUUUAUGAUGCAAUGCCGCGUGUACCUCAAGUAAUUUGUAGACGAAACGGGACGCUUGCUGUGUAUAUACUAAAUACAUAUUAUUAUACUUUAGAUCAAUUCUUUACCAUUUCAUAGGCGACCUCAUCAUGCAGAUUAAAGUAUCCUAUUUUGGCCAAAUGAUUUUCAACUUUAUUGUAAAGGGAUGUGGUUUAAAAUCUAUUGAUUGGUUGGAUAUUUUGAUCUGCACUCGUCUUAUUGUAUUUUUUUUUUAUUGUUUCUCAUUAUUUUCAUUUGACAUUGUGAUUUUAAAUUAGUUCUUAAGGUCUGAACAGUAAUGUUCAAAUUAAAUCGUUUUGUCAUUUAACGUUGCAUUGUGCAUAUACUUAGGGGUUUAUUUAAAUCUAUAAGCCGUCCCGUUUUCACGGAUACAUAGUUGCAAUGUGUUCAUAGUAGUUAUUUCUUUAACCCCACACAAAGGUACUUGAGAUGGGAUUUUAAAAUAUCGAAAAAUAAAUGCGACUUUCGCAAUAUUUCUUUGUAUAAUAACUAUAAAUUAAUUGAAAAUAACGGCUUAGUCACGUAAAAUCACGGAUGCCUCUUCAUGAGUAAGAGUCCCGUUAAGAUCUGAAACUAGUUGAGCUUUUCUCGAAAAGUUUCUCGUGAGUAAUCCGGUAUUUUCAAUUUUAAUAUCGCUCUUUAAUGUGGGGACAUGGGACAUAAAUACUAUGAAAUGAUUAGAAUACUAAUUCGAUAGAUUUAUUACGAUACCCAUAAUAUUAGUGUAUAAUUAUUUGGGCCGCGUGUCCAUGUGUUUUUACUACAUUUCCUAUUAAUUCAUUUAAGUGGAAAUUGUGACGAGUAAAAGACUUGAGUAUGCUGAA